CGUGCUAUCAUCGCGCGUGAUAAGCCCGGAAACUCCCCACUAAAUCAAGCAGCAAACAGAUAACGAUACGCGCUUUCCACGUGACCACGCCCACUCCUUUUGUUAAUGCGGGUAUAUGUACGAGCUCUUGCAUGAGUGAGUAAUCACUAGGCAUUCAUCGCGGAAAGAUGAGGUUUGCAGUGAUAUCCACAGCUGCGUUGCUGCUGGCUCUAGUGACGGUGUCCCAAGCCAUUGGAUGCCAAGACCCAACACCGUUCGUAGGCAACUGGGUCAUCGGCGUUGACAACAAGGAAUGUGUUGCGCUCGUCAAGGAGAAGUGCGGAAACCUUAGGCAGUUUCCUACGGGCAAGUGGGUCAGAGGACGAAAGGUACGUGAUAACUGCAACAGCAUCCCUCGUUGGACGGCCAUCGCUACCUUCCUGAACCCAGGAAACAAGUACCGUGGCCAUGCAGCCAUUUUUGAAUCAUGCGCUUCUGACGGGCUCUGGGUGUAUGACCAAUGGAACGCCCAGCCGGUCGCCCGUCGCAAAAUCCGCUUCGGGAACACAAGUAAACCCAACUACAACGGCGACAACUUCUACACUAUUGAGCUCUAACAGUGUCGUCUAGAAACUACGUCAGUGAGAAAUGACCGGUCCACUUUGUAUCUUAUGCUUGAUGUGUUGGUUGGUAAAGGAUGUGAUCUGUG